UUCGCGCGGGUGGCGGGGCCAGGCGAGGCAGGGCCAGGCAAGGCAAGGCAGGGCAGGGCAGCGACCGGGCGCCUGCCGGCUUCUCUCCUUCCCUCCUCCCGCCGGGACCCUCGGGAACCCCCGCCCCUCGUCCCUUCGCGCUGCCGGGCGGGGAGCGAGAUACUGUUAAUAAAGACACUGAACCCAAAGAUCCAUAUCCCCUUCCAAGAAAGAUUAUGGCGGAACCAGACUAUAUAGAUGAUGACAAUCCUGAAUUAAUUAGACCUCAGAAAUUAAUUAAUCCUGUGAAAUCAUCCCGCAAUCAUCAAGAUCUCCAUAGAGAGCUACUUAUGAAUCAGAAAAGGGGUCUUGCACCUCAGAACAAACCAGAGCUACAGAAGGUGAUGGAAAAAAGGAAACGAGAUCAAGUAAUUAAACAACAAAAAGAAGAGGAAGCACAAAAGAAGAAAUCAGACCUGGAAAUAGAGCUACUGAAACGGCAGCAGAAGCUGGAGCAGCUGGAGCUGGAGCAACAGAAGAUACAGGAAGAACAGGAAAAUGCACCUGAAUUUGUCAAAGUCAAGGGCAACCUGAGGAGGACGGUCCAGGAAACAACAGAAGCACCAGACUCCUAGAGCCAGUGCCUGCUAAGACUCCCAGCUUUUUUGCAGAGAGUGGCUUUUGCAAGUUGUCUCAGAUUUGCCCCUCAAGAGGAAAGACAGCAGCAUCCAGCUGACACUUAAUGAAGAUGACAUUUUUAACUCCUGGGACGUGUGGAUUAAAAAGACAGUACCUUAAAGUGAUCGACUUGCCAAAUGCAGUCCUGAGAUCAAUGGCUAAGGAGUCUGUUUGUCAGUUCAGUGUCAUGGACCAGUCUGACGUGCUUACUCAGAGAUUUUAACCAGGGAUACUAGAGAAACUCCUUCACUGUUGCACUGCUUUCUUCUCUCUUGUGAUCCUAGUUUAGUGGAGAUACACAGAUUAUAUUUUGCUUUAAACCAGAACAAAAAUUCUCCUGUGCUUUCUUAGGAAGCUUUGCUGUGCAGGUAAAUUUCCUCCAUCUAGACCUACAGCCUGUGUAUAUCCUACAAUAAUUUAUGUUGGAAUUUUUAGCAAAUCUGGAAGGAUACAAGCUUUGUUGAUCACUGCUGCCCAUCCCCACUAGGGUAGGCAGGUGUGGGCAAACUGAAAAUGCUUAAAUUUCACCAGCAGUGAACAGGUAAGCAGCCUUAAAGCCCAGUUCUGCCUGUUUGGCAGAAUUUGGGCUAUGGAAAGAGUAGAAAUCUGAUGAUCCUCUCACCAGGGAGAGUCGAAAAGCUGAUUUAUCUCUGUCUGAACUUCCACUGUUGUGUACUGGCCUGUGCAGUGCUACCUGUGAAUCUACUCCUCAAUGCAAAAUGACGUGUCUUCUAGUUUUUGUCUUUUGAAAUCCUACUUACUUUGCUGUUGUGGCCUUUUUCCUCCAAGGACAUGCUCAUCUGAGUACAGUGUUAACACAUUGCUUGGUAGUGUUUAAACUUAUUUGCUGGGACUGAAAUCAGGAGUCUGAUCUGCCAUCAGUUCCUGCUCUUUGCUUGUAGGAACUUGUUGCAGUGUUUAAGGCAGACCAAACUGAUCAUUCCAAACUACUGAAAUGCAUUUGGUUAUUUUGCUAAAGUGAGGCAUAAAAUGAAAUUAAUUUUUGUCCCAUCCUUCCUUUAGCCUCAAGAAAGGAAGGAAGUGUGUUACCACUGAGUCUUAGGGUCCAGUUCUGUCACAUUCUGCCUUUCCACAAGUUGCUCCAAUGACUUGCCAUUAAAUAAAAUAUGCUCAGCUUGCACAGGGAUGACAGAAUUUGGUCCUUCAUGCUUAUGACUACUACUUAUCCAGGAAAGCCUGGGAUGAGGAGAGGGGAACAGAUUACUCAUGUAGGAUUCUAGAUUUGGAUUCUGACUUGGUGUGAAUGGGUGCAGAUAUCUUCCCUUCCGAAGCUGGGGGAGAAAUCCUCUUCCUCCUUGG